AGAGACCGCUGUCCGUGGGCAGCUGUACAACAGGGGAGGGCUGCUGAGAUUUGACCGCCAGCUGUGGGGGCAAGGGAACCACCCACGAGGACGACCCCUUCCGAGAGAGGCCCAGCCUCUAACCACGCCUCCUCUGCAGUGUCGGGAAGAACCACGAGCACGUCCGCUACCACCCGUUCCGCAUGACGCCUUACCUGGUGAAGGUGCCAGGCCGGCAGGGCGCUGAGAGCCAGCUGUGCUGCGUGCUGCUGGCAGAGAGGGUGCACUCGGGCUACGAAGCCCCUCGAAUUCCUCCUGAAAAGAGAAUUUUUACCACCACACACACACCAAAUUGUUUGUUCCAGGACGUGGACGAAAGGGCAGUCCCCCUCCUGGGCUACCUACCUCAGGACCUGAUCGAGAGCCCGGUGCUGCUGCAACUGCACCCCAGCGACAGGCCCCUGAUGCUGGCCAUCCACAAAAAGAUCAUGCAGUCCGGCGGGCAGCCUUUCGACUAUUCGCCCCUCCGGUUCCGUGCCCGCAACGGGGAGUACAUCACGCUGGACACCAGCUGGUCCAGCUUCAUCAACCCCUGGAGCAGGAAGAUCUCGUUCAUCAUCGGGCGACACAGAGUCAGGGUGGGCCCUUUGAAUGAAGACGUGUUCUCCGCUCAGCCGUGUGCAGAGGAGAAGGUCAUGCAGCCCGGCGUUCAGGAGCUCAUGGAGCAGAUCCACCGGCUGCUGCUGCAGCCCGUCCCCCACAGUGGCUCCAGCGGCUACGGGAGCCUGGGCAGCAAUGGGUCCCACGAACACCUCAUGAGCCAGACCUCUUCCAGUGACAGCAACGGCCACGAGGACGCCCGCCGGAGGAGAGCCGAAAUUUCAAAAAAUGGUAACAAGGUCAAAAACAAAAGUCAUUAUUCCGGCGAAUCUGGAGAACAGAAGAAAAAAUCUGCUACAGAAAUGCAACACAGUUCCCCUGCUCAGAUGACAGCUGCCCGGGCCACAGAGGAGAACAGCUCAGGCGCCAGCCCACCCAAGGCCACCUUCCCAGAAGAGCUGGCCUGCAAGAGCCAGCCGGCCGGCUCCUACCAGCAGAUCAGCUGCCUGGACAGCGUCAUCAGGUACCUGGAGAGCUGCAGUGAGGCCACCACCCUGAAGAGGAAGUGUGAGUUCCCUGCCAACGUCCCCACGCAGAAGGCCAGCGACAAGCGAAAGGCCACAGGCAGCCCCGGGCCGCCUCCCGCAGAGGUGGCGAUGCCCUCCACAGUGACCAGACACGCGGACGUCAGCGCACGCUUGACCUCGUUGACGCUGCCGGGCAAGGCGGAGAGCGUGGUGUCCCUCACCAGCCAGUGCAGCUACAGCAGCACCAUCGUGCACGUGGGCGACAAGAAGCCACAACCUGAGCUAGAGAUGGUGGAAGACCCUGCGAGCGGGCCCGAGUCCCUGGACUGCCGCCUCGGCCAGGACAAGGAGCCCUUCAGGAGGCUGGGCCUCACCAAGGAGGUGCUGGCCGCCCACACGCAGAAGGAGGAGCAGACCUUCCUGCUCAAGUUCAAGGAGACGAGGAGGCUCAGCAUCCUCCAGUCUCGCUGCCAUUACUACCUACAAGAAAGAUCCAAGGGCCAGUCCAGUGAAAGAGCUGCUCCUGGAGUAAGACACACCUCGGGAGUGGACUCAUCGUGGAAAAAGUCUGGGAAGAACAGAAAACUGAAGUCCAAACGGGCCAAGCCUCGAGACUCCUCUGAGAGCACUGGGUCUGGCGGGCCCGUGCCCCACCGGCCCCCGCUGGUGGGCCUGAACGCCACAGCCUGGUCACCGUCGGACACCUCCCAGUCCAGCUGCCCCGCGGUGCCCUUCUCCACCCCGGUGCCAGCUUACUCCCUGCCAGCGUUUCCAGCCCCAGCCAUCGUGCCGGCACCCGGGACAGUGGCAGCGGCUCCGGUGGCUCCCCAUGCCAGCUUCGCGGUGCCCACUGUGCCCAUGGACGCCCAGCACGAGUUUGCAGUCCAGCCUCCGCCCUUCGCUGCCCCCAUGACCCCAGUCAUGGCGUUGGUGUUACCGAGCUAUGCCUUCCCCCCAGUGCCCCCAAACCUGCCCCAGGCCUUCUUCCCCGGCCAGCCAAAUUUUCCAUUUCAAAUCCCUGCGUCGCAGCCCGAGUUCUCUGGUCGGACCUCACAGCCGUGCGCUUGUCCUCGGGCAGAGCGUGGGCCACCAGUGUCACGUGUGACCACCCCGGCUACCCCUCUGUCAGCUGCCGGGCCCACAGGCCGGGCCUCCCCGCCACUCUUCCAGUCCCGCGGCAGCUCACCCCUGCAGCUCAACCUGCUACAGCUGGAGGAGGCCCCCGAGGGCUGCCCUGCAGCCUCAGUGACAGCGGGGACCACAGGUGCAGGGCUGGACUGCAAACCUGGCACAUCCUGGGACUGGCAGCCAAAGGCACCGCCAACACGUGCUGAGCCCCCAGACGCCCAGAACAGUGACGCCCUCUCCACGUCCAGCGACCUGCUCGACCUCUUACUGCGCGAGGACCUCUACUCAGCCGCAGGGUCAGCCCGGUCUAGAAGCGGGGCCUCCGCCACCUCCGGAUCCCUGGGCUCUGGCUCACUGGGCUGCGAUGUGUCCAGAAGUGGGACAGGCAGUAGUGACACAAGUCACACCAGCAAGUAUUUCGGAAGCAUUGACUCUUCAGAGAACAACCACAAAGGAAACGUGAGGGCAGCCAUGCGGGAAAGCGAGCGCUUCAUCAAGUAUGUCCUGCAGGACCCCGUCUGGCUGCUGAUGGCCGACACGGACGACAGCGUCAUGAUGACGUACCAGAUGCCUUCCCGAAACAUGGAGGAGGUUUUGAAGGAAGACAGAGAGAAGCUGAAGCAGCUGCAGGCCCUCCAGCCCAGGUUCACGGAGAGCCAGAAGCAGGAGCUGCAGGAGGUCCACCCGUGGGUACGGCUGGGCGGCCUGCCUGCGGCCGUGGACGUGGCGGAAUGCGUUUACUGUGAAAACACGGAAAAAGGCAACAUCUGUGUGCCAUAUGAGGAACACAUCCCUGCCCUGGGGCUCAGCGAAGUGACAGGCACCAAAGAAAAGGAAAAUGGACCCCCACUGAGUCACAAAACCGAAGGGCAGACGUAACCCCCACACACACACACCUGCCCCACCAGCCUGCGAUCUACAUUAGAUGGUGCUGGAAGGGGGGACGAGAGUUUCACGUUUGUUUCUAAUGGGGAAAAAACAACAUUGGUUUUUUUUUUGUUUUAGAAAAAAAUAGUUUUAUGAAGGGGUGACUUAAAACUGGAUAGUGGGAGGGGUUUGGAAAAAAUACAUUUUUAUAUUGAACAUUAUAAAUGUGGACUUCGGGGGACAGACAGGGAAGAGAUUUUCGUUCCUAUUUAACUUGAGAAAGACUGAAUCCCCCUCUUUUAGUGUCGGGGAACUUGCCUGAACGCUCGCAGAAGUACCUGCCUCCCGGGAGGUGUCCCGAGGCUCUGACCACCUGCGACUCCAAGCUGAGGGCACCGGCCUCUGGGGCUUCCCCAGGGUGUGUUUGUACAGAUCAAAUUCUGGCCUCUCUCGGGGGCUGCUUUUUAUCUAACUUAUCAUCUAGUCAAACUAGAUGUUUUUUACCAAGUGGAGAUCACAGCCUCUCCCACUUUUCUUUCAAAAUGUUUUCGCGUUAAAUGGUGUAAUGCAUAGUUUGGCAAACCAGCAGCUUCCACCUCAGGACCUGUGGUGGCAGCAGUGUCUAAGCGACAUAGCUUUCGUUUGGGGCCAACAAAGUUGAAAUGCCCCCUCUGCACUAACGACGCCUAGUGCUUUCAGAUCCACACACGGACAGACCCUCCUGUAUAUUUCCACUUCAUCCUGGGAUCCUUUUCAAACCACGACCCAUUCGUAUGUUGUCGGUCAUCUCCUCAUGGCGACUUCCCUCUGCAAACCAGGCUGGGGUCGCUGCAUUUUGCACCCGUUCAUGUUUGUUACUCAUCUGACACCCCCAGACAUGAGCUCUGGCCCUGGCAGAGAGCAGCCGCUGCCACGGCGCCACCGUGAGCCCUCAGUGACCCGUCUGAUGUUUCCCAGGGUGCUGUGAGCUCACCUCUGCCCCCGCACCCUGCGCCAAGACGUGGGCCCUCGCCCUCCGUGAGCCGGACCUCACUUGGUGCAGCUUCCGGCCUCUGAGGUAAUGUCCCCUUCUGGCACUGGCACUUUCAGGCCAUUGAGGAAGUGAGUGAGGCCAGUCUGUUCAAGUUUUUGCCCAAUCGUGCUGCAUCAUAUAUUCCAAAGAUUGUUUGGAAUUUUCUUGGUCCCUGGAGUGAAUGAGAAGAUCCCCCGGAUGAAACAAUUGACUUAAAAUUGUAGAAACCAAAAGGAGCAGGUUUCCCCUUGUCUUCUGCUGGAGCAGUGGCUGCUAAAACAGGUGAAGCCUCCUCAUAAUCCAGCCGGUUUCCAUAGUGACACCAUCUCAUGCCUGAAUAGUAAUCCUAUUUUUUAUAAACUCAAACACAAAACACUAUUUCAAUUCUGUUGAAUUUACAAAGUAACAUCACCUUCAGAUGCCUGCCGAUGUGUGUGGAAAUUAGAUGCUGCAAACUGCUUCCUGCCUCUGAAAUCUCGUCAUAAAGGGAUUGACCUAUAGUCAAGGUUGCAUUUCUGCUACCUGAACAUCAACUGCCAGAACGUUCCCUACUGUUAUGAAUGUUUACCGUCAGCAUUAUCUCAUUAUUUCCUGUAUCCUCAUUGGUUGGUAACCGCGUACCUUCACCGUGCUGAGAAGUUGACAGUAGGAGCAUUUUGUGAAUUGUUUACAUGGUGCCACGCAUCGAGUCAUAUGUUUUCUUUAGAAUGUGUGCUUACACGGGUAUUAUAAAACUCUUUCUCGAUUUUAAACUGAGCCUUCUUUUUAAUAUAUUCCUUAAAAAAAUGUGUAAAUAAGCUCUCCGAGUCUGUGUAAUAACUUGCUGGACAAGUGGUUUGUUUGUGUGCAAACCAAGCUUUUUCCACCCAGUGCAAUAUGUUUGUUUGACUGCUUGUGUCUUUUUAUGACUUUUUUGCCUUUUAGAAAAUUGGUAAAUAAAGCAAGUAUAUUUUUAUUUGUA